AUGGAGUACCUUAUCCGCUUCGCGCAAGUGCAUGAAAGUUUCCGACAACCCGAGAUCGAAGCCUUGUCACGAUUAGCGGGGACCGAAUGCGAGAUUAUAUCAUACAGCGCGGACUCGCCAUUUUGCGUGAUACGCUUCCCCGGUCUAGCCUCUAGAAUUAAACAACUCGAGCGCAUCGAUGCCACUAUCCGCGCAUUUGAGGCUCGCUCUGUGCUCUCCAAGAGCAUUUACGAGCUGUGGGGCCAGGGCCAGACUUACGACGAACUUCACGAGAAUGUGCGCAAGCAGAGUGGCCAUCUGUGGGACAGGUUCAGGCAGUCGUCGUUCAAAUUCUCGGUCGAUAGCUACGGAAGCACGCGCGGGGUGUCGAAGCAGAGGGAGUUGAUCAACUCAUUUAGUUUUCUGGGAUUCCAGGGGAAGAUUAGUAUGAGGAAUCCUGAGGUUGAGUUUGCUGUCAUGGAAGAGUGGCUGGAUGCUCUGGCUGCGUCAAGGCCUACAGCUGCAAUGGACAGUGCUACGGCGGAUUCAUUUGACUCAGUGGCUGGCACAAGGUUGACUAGGGUAUUUCUGGGCCGCAAGCUGGGCGAGUCCAGUCGCCAUCUAAAAGAGAGGCACGACCUAAAGAAGCGCCCCUACAUCUCGACCACUUCAAUGGAUGCAGAGUUGGCCUUGAUCACUGCCAGCCUGGCACUGGCUGCGCCAGGAAAACUGUUCCUGGAUCCCUUCGUCGGAACCGGGGGUUUCAUGAUCGCGGCGGCCGAACUGGGAGCCAUGUCAUUUGGAUCGGAUAUCGAUGGGCGAAGUUACAAGGGCAAAGGCACCGGAAUUGAAUCUGGAGUGGGUGCAAACUUUAAAAAGUACUCUCUGCACCAUUUGUUCGGGGACUGCUUGACCUCGGAUCUAACAAACACACCGUUUCGAAAUAUAGCUGGCUCUCAUCAGUUGAACGAUAGGAGGUGGUUGGAUGGCAUCGUUUGUGACCCUCCUUAUGGGGUCAGGGAGGGCCUGAAGGUACUGGGAACAAGAAAAGCCAUCGUCUUGCAUGCCCUGCGUGAUGGGGAAAGCGUGGAUUCAACCCAAGAAUCGACGACUCCCGUGCAUCUGAUAGGUGGCGUGCCGGGGUACACAUUGCCUGGGUAUGUCGCGCCAAAAAGGCCAUAUUCAUUCACGCGCAUGCUCGAUGACAUUCUCGACUUUGCAGCAAGGACACUGGUCGAUGGUGGUCGAAUCGCUUUCUGGAUGCCCAGCGCCAACGAGAACGAGCUCGGUGAGGAGAUACCCACCGUGAUCCCCAGACAUAGCCUCCUGGAACUCAAACACGAGUGUAUACAGCGGUUCAACAAGUGGAGCCGCAGGCUACUCGUGUAUGAGAGGCUUCACAGACCUUUCGCACUUGGAAACUCCGAUGGGAGAAUCAUAGAAACUGGCCGGACAGCUGACGAGUUGAACCCGUUCCGCAAACGGUACUUUCAGCCAGUCGUAGACAAAAAUGCAGGCAGCUUAGCAUAG